AUGCAAGUCAACGAAGAAUCAUUCAAAGUCACAUCAUAUAGCAGAGAAGGAAUUGGUUACCAAGGAAACAUGCCUGGAAACUAUGUUUUUGUCACUGUUGGCACAACAUCAUUCGAUGAUCUCAUCAAAUCUGUAUGCCAACCUAAAACUUGUCAGAUCCUAAACAAAGGAGGGUAUGGAAAAUUACUGCUUCAAGUAGGACGUGGAGACUAUGAACCACAAGCCGAUAUGAUAUCUGGACUUAAUAUUGAGCAUUAUCGCUACAAAGACAGUAUCGCAGAUGACAUCAAACAUGCCAGUCUGGUAAUAAGUCAUGCUGGCGCUGGUAGUGUGUUUGAAGCGCUAGGAGCAGAGCGUCCUCUAAUAGUUGUGAUAAAUGAGAAGCUGAUGGGAAAUCACCAAGUUGAGUUAGCAGCACAGUUACAGGAGGACAAUCAUUUAUAUUAUACCACAUGUUCCAAUUUGCAACAAUGUUUAAAAACAAUGGAUUUAAAGACAUUAGUGCCAUACACACCAGGGACUCCAGAAACGUUUAGAAAUUAUUUAGAUAAGAUAAUGGGUUUUAAAACAUAGCUUUGAAUCAUUUAUAACUGGAUCUCUUAUUUGAUUUUGAGAAGCAAUUUGUGUCAUGUGUGUACUAGAGGUCCUAUGAUUCUGUGAAAAUAAUUUAGGAUAUUUCAAUGCAAACAAUGUAUGAUAUGUGCAA